AUGAAGGACGCAUAUCCCAUCCUCGUGGCGGCCUUUGCCUGCAUGGGCACCUUUCUCUAUGGCGUCGAUACGGGCAUUGCCACUACAACCAUUGCCCACCCCAGCUGGGUCGAGUACAUGAAGCACCCGUCCAAUGGCCUCACGGGCUCCGUCGCAGCCAUCUACAUUGCCGGCGAGGCCAUUGGCGCCGUCAGCCAGGUUCUGUUCGCCGAUCGCCUCGGCCGGCUGCGCUUCAUGCAGCUGCAGUGCGUCCUCGUCACCAUCGGCUGCGCGAUCCAGACGGGCUCUGUCAACAUUGGCAUGUUCCUGGCCGGGCGCGUCCUCGCCGGCAUCGCCGUCGGCGCCCUCAGCGGCACCGUCCCCGUCUACCUGUCGGAAAUCAGCCCGCCCAACAUCCGCGGCAUGAUUGGCGGCCUCAACGGCGCCGGCCUCGCCCUCGGCACCAUGGUCUCCAACUGGCUGGGCUUCGCCUGCGGCUAUGCGCCCUACGGCCAGGUCCAGUGGCGCCUCCCCCUCGCCCUCCAAAUCCCCUGGGGCGUCAUCUUGUUCCUCGGCCUCGUCACCUUCAUGCCGCAGUCGCCGCGCCAGCUGAUCCAGCGCGGGAAGCUCGACGAGGCCCAGGCCGUGUUUGCGCGCAUCCGGAGCGACCUGCUGUCGGACGCGGUGCACGGCGAGUUUGCCCUCAUGAAGGCGCAGAUCGAGUACGAAGAGCAGCGCGAGAUCCCUUCGUGGCGGGAGAUGUGGCGGCUGUACCGGCACCGAAUCCUAGUGUCCGUCUCUGUCCAAGUUCUGACCAGCAUCACGGGUGUCAAUGUCAUCCAGUACUACCAAACCUCCCUGUACAAGUCUCUCGGCAUCACGUCCAACACGAUCCUCGCCCUCGCCGCUGUCUGGGGCACCUGCGCCUUCCUGGCCACGGCCGUCUCCAUCGUCUUCCUGCCCGACCGCUGGGGCCGCCGCAACAUGCUCCUCGCCGGCAUGGCUUGGGUCGUCUGGACCGAGGCCUACAGUGCCAUCCUCCAGUGGAAGUUCCAGCACUCCGACAACAAGGUCGGCAAGGGCUUUGCGCUGCUCGGCAUUUACUUGUUUGUCGUCGGCUACUACUGCCUCAUCAACCCCGUCACCUGGAUCUAUGGUGCCGAGGUCCUGCCCAUUGCCAUCCGCAGCCGCGUCAUGGGCAUCGCCGCCACCUGCCACUACGUCGUCAACGUGGGCAUCACCGAGGCCGGCCCCAGUGCGUUUGCCACCAUCGGCGAGAACUACUACUACGUCUUUGUCGGCUGCUGCGUCGUCUACUCCUUUAUCAUUUACUUUUACUAUCCCGAAACAAAGCAAAAGACACUCGAGGGCAUUGCCGCCGCCUUUGGCGACCACGUCGUCUCGGUCAAGGACGACGGCGAGCUUUCGGCCGAUCAGAAACCAAUGGUUGGACCGGAGCACAUUGAGUAG